AUGGGCUCGGUGGGAGAAUUUGAGGGAAGCGGCAACGGCGGAGCCCGCGGCGGGGCCUGGUCCCCGUGUGCGGAGCGGACCGGAUGUGGCUCUGGAAGAGACCGGCCGCAGCUCGUCGGGCACUUGCUCAGGGGCCGGGGCCGCGGGCUGGGACCGCUGACCGCUGCCUUAUCGGGGACCACCGCGGUGGGGCUGGAAAAACAGAUCCCGGCUGGGCGCAGGAUAUCCAUAGAAACGCAGAUUAAAAGGCAGCAGAGUGAGAAGCUCUCCUUCUUCAUCCAAGCUUUCGAGUUCCAGGCCACCAGAGCAAGGCAAAAAUCCUCAGCUCCAAAAAAGGCAAAGAAGAAGAUUGAAGGUGGCUCCAAUGUAUUCUCCAUGUUUGAACAAACCCAGAUCCAGGAGUUCAAAGAGGCUUUUACCAUCAUGGAUCAGAACAGAGAUGGCUUUAUUGACAAAGCAGACCUGAGAGACACAUUUGCUGCACUAGGUCGUCUGAAUGUCAAGAAUGAAGAGCUUGAAGACAUGGUGAAGGAGGCGCCAGGUCCUAUUAACUUCACUGUCUUCCUUACUAUGUUUGGGGAAAAGCUGAAAGGCACGGACCCAGAAGAAACCAUUCUGAAUGCCUUUAAGAUUUUUGACCCAGAAGGGAAAGGCCACAUAAAGGCAGACUACAUCAAAGAGAUGCUCAUGACACAGGCAGACCGCUUCAGCCAAGAAGAGAUCAACCAGAUGUUUGCUGCUUUCCCUCCAGAUGUCUCUGGAAACCUGGACUAUAAGAACCUCUGUUAUGUAAUCACCCAUGGUGAGGAGAAAGACUAA